GAGAGGACAUCCCUAACUGCCUUACCUUCAGGAAGUCCCUUCCCAGUUUCAGCUCACUUCCUUUUCCCUACCCCUAAACCAGCACCUUUUUGUUUCUUUUGCUAAUUUUUGGUUUUCCACACACUGUAAAACUCAGGGACUUGACAGCCCUUAUCCCAGGGCCUUAGUGUGUAGGCCACACAAGGCACAAAAAAUGAAUUGUAAUGGUCAUCCCAGGGCUCGGUUCUUCCAUCCUCAUUGCCUGGCUCAUCAAGGAUGUGUGGCAAGUGAGGCCCAGAGCCAAAACCACCACGAAGAAGUCCUAACUCCAUUUCCCACAGCAGCUCUCCUGAGUCUGAUUGCGCCUGGGCGACGGUCUCCUGGGAGACGGGAAACAGAGGGCGGGGCCCGGCCGGGCUCCUGGGCGGAGACAAGCACUGGAGUGCUAGGAGCGAUCCUGGCGAGAGGCGCAUGCAGGGCCUCAGCGCAGCAUUUUUCCUGAGCCCGGAGCCUGCAGCCGCCUGGUACUGCCAGGAGGGCGGCUCAAAGUGCAGCUGGCAUCGGAGGCCGCAGCCACCCGAGCUCCACACUAAUUCCCCUUCCCAGUGGCCCUGGGCAUGCAGCUCCGAGUUUGGUCUGUCAGGGAGGCAGCAAUGGCUCGGGCCCGCCUCCUCCAGGCCCGAGGGGGCGCCCUGCGGUGGCAGUCAUGGGGAUUACAACUCAUUGCCUCUGAGCCACCUAAGCAGCGCCCUCGAGUUCGAGCUGGGUGCCCAGGACACUGCUCCCCCCUGCCCCGUCUGCUCCCUGCUCCCCCCGAUCCUGGCUGAAUCCUUGCCUGAUGUCCCGCCACCGCCUGAUGAUUCCCUUGUCCUUUGGCGAGGAUUCUCCAAGGGACCUCAUCACGUGGGCCGACUCAGAAACGCCAAAAUCCACGUAGAGAGAGCCAUCAAGCAGAAGAAGAUUUUUAUGAUCCAUGGCCGAUACCCAGUGAUCCGGUGUCUAUUGCGACAGAGGGGCUGGGUAGAAAAGAAGAUGGUCCAACCCCAAGGCACCAUCCUGCCCAUGCCCCAGAAGGAUCUAGACAGUUCAAUGAUGGGUGAUAGUGAUGCCACAGAUGAUGAGGAUGAAGAUGAGAAUGAUGAGUUUCGGGAGCCACAGCUGUUGGACUUCGAUGGUUUUCUGGAAUUCGAUGACCUGGAUGGGGUACAUUCUCUGAUGUCCCGCAUGGUUCGGAAUGAGACCCCCUACCUCAUCUGGACCACUCGGCGAGAUGUACUGGAUUGUCGAUUCCUCGCCAAGGAUCAGAUGAUAGUGGGCCUGUGUCUCAACCUCCGGAAUCUUCCAUGGUUUGACGAGGCUGACGCUGACUCCUUCUUCCCACGAUGCUAUCGCCUGGGAGCAGAGGAUGACAAGAAAGCCUUCAUAGAGGACUUCUGGCUGACAGCUGCCCGCAACGUUCUCAAGAUGGUGGUGAAGUCGGAAAGGAAGUCAUACUACACCUCCAUCAAGGCAAAAGAGGAAGCAGUCCCAGAAAGCACACUGUCCAAGAAACAGGAAAGAAAAGCAGGGACUGUGUCCUCAGAGUUUGUGGACGAGGCUCUGAGUGCAUGUGAGGAGCAUCUUAGCAGCAUGGCCCACAAGGACAUAGACAAGGACCCGGAUGCCCCACUGUACUUCAGCCCUGAGGGUUGGUCCACCUUCCUGCAGCGCUACUACCAAAUAGUCCAUGAAGGGGCAGAACUGAAACACCUAGAGGUCCAGGUCCAGCGCUGUGAAGACAUCCUACAGCAGCUUCGGGCCGUGGUACCCCAGAUCGACAUGGAGGGGGAUCGAAACAUCUGGAUUGUGAAGCCAGGAGCCAAGUCCCGUGGCCGAGGUAUCGUGUGCAUGGACCACCUGGAGGAGAUGCUGAAACUGGUCGACUGCAACCCUAUGAUGAUGAAGGAUGGCAAGUGGAUUGUGCAGAAGUACAUUGAGCGGCCCCUGCUCAUCUUUGGCACCAAGUUUGACCUGAGACAGUGGUUCCUGGUGACUGACUGGAACCCGCUCACUGUGUGGUUCUAUCGAGACAGCUACAUCCGCUUCUCCACACAGCCCUUCUCCCUGAAGAACCUGGACAACUCUGUGCACCUAUGUAACAAUUCCAUCCAGAGAUACCUGGAGACCUCCUGUCACCGGCACCGGAUGCUGCCCUCGGACAACAUGUGGUCCAGCCAGAGGUUUCAGGCCCACCUGCAGGAAAUGGGUGCCCCAAAUGCCUGGUCUAGUGUCAUUGUACCCGGCAUGAAGGCUGCUGUGAUCCAUGCCCUGCAGACCUCCCAAGACACUGUGCAGUGCCGAAAGGCCAGCUUUGAGCUCUAUGGGGCCGACUUUGUGUUUGGGGAAGACUUCCGGCCCUGGUUGAUUGAGAUCAAUGCCAGCCCCACCAUGGCACCUUCCACAGCUGUAACUGCCCGCCUGUGUGCUGGUGUGCAAGCAGAUACCCUCCGUGUGGUCAUUGACCGGCGACUGGACCGUACCUGUGACACGGGAGCCUUUGAGCUCAUCUAUAAGCAGCCUGCUGUGGAGGUGCCCCAGUACGUGGGGAUCCGGCUCAUGGUGGAGGGCUCUACCAUCAAGAAGCCCAUAGCAGCUUGUCAUCGGCGGACAGCGGUCCGCUCAUCACUCCCUCAUCUGCUGGCCCAGCAAGGCUGUGGGGAAGGCAAGGACUCAGGACCCCCUAUCCACAGGUCAGCUUCUAGGAAAGAUGCUGGGGCCAGGAGCCUGGGACACACUGAGAAGCCAGACUCUGCGGCCACCACCUCAGUCCCCGGAAAGGGGAAGAAAGCCCCGUCCUACCUCCCUAGUCUCCAUUCCAAGGCCUGGCUGCCUUCUUCCCAUGUGCUCCGACCCCAGGGCCGGGUCCUCAGACUACCGAAUGGCCAACUGGUGGGCUCUAAGGCUCUGUCAACCACAGGCAAGGCCUUGAUGACUCUACCUACUGCCAAGGUUCUGAUGUCCUUCCCACCUCACCCUGAUCUCAAGCUGGCACCCAGCAUGCUGAAGCCAGGAAAGGUGGGCCUCGAGCUGUGCCUCACACCCUGGCGGGUAGUGCUGAGCAGUGGGAUCGGGGCUGAAGGGCACGAACAGAGGGCAGCGCUCGGACCAUACAGCGCCCCAGGGAAGGGCUUGUCUUCUCCAGAACCCUGUUCCAAGACAGAGGCCUGAUCAUAUCUCUUUCCCUCCCCUCCUUGCACCGAGGCUGCUAUUCCCCUGCACCUUCGAGGCCCCCACUUUGGAAGUGCCUCGAGGCCUCUGCCCUUUGAAGUUGGACCUCUUCCUAGCACCCACAGGAAAGUCACGGCCAAAGGCAAGUUCAAGGCCAUACUCUGCGACAAAGCCAGGGCUGAGGCAUACCCCAAGAAGAGGCUGAGCCUCCCCAAACCCUUGACCCUUAUUCUGACAUGCCGGACACUGAGAACCAUGGGGGAUAGGAGGCUAGAGAAACCCCUGCUCUGAUCUCUACUGCCCCAUCCUGGAUCCAGCAUCAAAUUAAAAAAAGCAAUUAAAGUUCUCUGGACUUGGCUUGAA